UCCAAAUUCUUGCAUCGAGUUAUAGUCUUUCAAAGGGUAAAAAAUUGGAAGAAGAAGAAGAAGAAAAAAAUGACAAGGUGUUGUUUCAUGUUACUCGUAGCUCUAGUCGUAGCAGUUUGCACCACUACUGCUAGAGACGUUCCUAAAGAAAACGUUGGUCUUACAGACCAAAAAAACGUUUAUACUUUUGGAGGAACAGGUGGAUUCGGUGGCAUUGGAAACAAUGGUUUGCCCAUGGGUGGAAUGGGAACCGGAGUCGGAGUAGGUGGUGAUUUUGGUGGUGCCAAUGGAAUCGGAGGUGUCGGAGUUGGGUAUCAAUUUGGUGGACCAGGUGGCCCUGGCGGUGGUGUGGGAACUUUUGGUGGUCUUGGUAAUGGUUUUGGUGGUUUACCGACUCUUGGUGGUGGUGGAUUUGGUGGUGGUAAUCCUGUUGGUGGCGGUGUUGGUGGUGUUGUUCCUAUUAGUGGCGGUGGUGGUGGUGGUGUACUCCCCUGAUCUCCUUAAAGCUUGUUUCCGAAGUCCCUAGAUAGCUUACUAUUUCGCGCCUUAUAAAGUUAGUUUUGUUGUGUAGGUGAGUUUGUGUUUGUGUUGUUAGCAUGUCUUUGGUUUUAAGAAUAUCUUUGUUGUUUGUGACGUUGUAGUUUUGGAAUAUUUAAAGUCUAUUUUAUUUAGUUUCA